CAGUAAAGUAAUAAUGCUUGAAACUGCCAUCAGCUGUUGUUUACGUUUGUGGAAUCGACCGGUGAGGAGAUGUUUGUGUAGUUUUUGUUUACUGUUUCAACCUCGGACACUUCAUUAAACUACGCAAAGAGAAGGGAUUGCGAGUCGAUUCAAUGGGUGCCGUGGGGAGCACCGACGGGGAGAGGGACCCGUUGCUCGGGCCGAACCAAGCGGAACCGAGGAUCCAGCCAGUGAUCAGCAGUGGCAGGGUGUACAGGCGGAGAUGGCUGGUGUUGAUCUUGUUCUCACUCCUCGCCUUUUUACAAGGGAUGGUGUGGAACACAUGGGGCCCCAUCCAAAACUCUGCCAAGCAUGCUUUCGGCUUCGCAUCUACGGACAUCGCAAUUUUAGUCAUUUGGGGACCCGUGGGCUUCAUCCCGUGGCUCCUGUUUGUGUGGCUGAUGGACAAGAAAGGAUUGCGGGCCUCUCUGCUGCUCACUGUCUUCUUCAUGGUGUUGGGUUCCGCUCUGCGCAGUGUUCCUCUCUCAAACCCGCAGCUCCGGCGCUGGUUGAUUCAUGGUGGGCAGUUUCUUAAUGGUUUAGCUGGUCCAACCCUUAUGAGUGCCGGCCCUCUUCUCUCCACUACAUGGUUUGCUCCAGAUCAAAGGGCUACAGCCACAGCUAUCGCAUCACUGGUCGGCUACCUCGGAGCCGCCUGCUCUUUCCUGAUUGGUCCUCUGGCUGUUCCAGCACCCAAUGAUACACAUAUAGUGAACAGCUUCACGCACUGGGACCCAGAGCACAUCAGGGACAGGAUACAAUAUGUUCUCUAUGCAGAAUCGGCGAUGAUUGCAGUCCUCUUCACAGUCGUGCUACUCUAUUUUCCAUCCAGGCCGCCCAUUCCACCCAGCGUAGCAGCAGCUAGCCAGCGACUCAGCUACCGGAGCAGCAUCUGCAGAUUACUGAGUAACAUGAGGUUCCUGAUGAUCGCACUUGCCUAUUCAGUGCCUACAGGAGUUGUAGCUGGAUGGUCUGGUGUGUUGGACAUGAUUCUGACUCCUGUCAGAGUUAGCCAGGUAGAUGCUGGAUGGAUAGGCUUUUGGUCUAUUGUUGGAGGCUGUGUGUUUGGAGUAGCCAUGGCAAGGUUUGCGGACUCUAUCCGGGGCAUGCUGAAGCUGAUUGCAGUGCUGAUGCUGGCUGGAGCCUCACUGGCAGCCACUUGGUUUACACUCACCUGCUUGACCAGGCUUACUCAUCUGCCCUCCACUAAAGCCACACUUUAUACCUCCUGUAUCCUGGUGGGCAUCUUCAUCAACAGCAGCAUUCCCAUCUUCUUCGAGCUUUUCAUUGAGACAGUGUACCCUGUUCCAGAGGGCAUCACCUGUGGUGUGGUCACCUUCCUCAGCAAUCUCUUCACAGGCCUGCUCCUUUUCUUUCUCACCUUCUACUUCACAGAGCUUUCCUGGUUGAACUGGUGUCUCACAGGUUCCUGCCUCUUCAGUCUGCUCCUCAUUCUUUUCUUUAGGGAAUCCUAUGACCGGCUCUACCUGGACGUCUUCGUAUCAGUCUGAGCAGCUUGUAGCAUCGGAAAAAAAACUGUGUUGACACCUACUUGCACCAAGAACACAGGAAGUGCAUCAUCAUCUCUCUCAUUUCAAUGAGAAAGUUACACGGUUUGUAGUUGGCAGUGCUUUGUAUUAGCAUUGUCAGAAAGAAAAGAAGCCAGCACCUUAGUAGUAGUGUAGGUGUUUUUUUUUUUAUUAAUUAUUUGAGAUUUUGGGGAUUUUAAAAGUUCUUUUACUUGAACUAAUGGAAAUGUUUUGACGCACAUUCAUUACAUGAUACUAAUAAAGGAGUUUGAGGUGGUUUCCUGCAAGACCUGCAGUAGUGAGACCUCCAGACCUUUAGAGAUCAAUUUAUCAUUAUUCAUGCUCAAUCAUCUGGCUGUCAAGAGGCUUCUAAGUAGUUUUCUUUUAUUCUGAAUGACAUCAGCAGUGAAGGAAGUCGUACUGUAAAUGACCUUUGACAGCGUCCGUCAUGAAGUGGCCUACGUGUUACUCUCUACCGGCUCAUUUUCCCUCUUUAUACUUAAUUAUUAUGCAAAUGAUGAUUCCUGCUUCUCCUUCACAUCCUCUUGGGUUAAAACUGCCUCUCACUUUCAAAGCCUGUGAUUGGAGAAGGGUCCUUAUGUGUAGUUCAGUGCGAGGACAGGUCCAGAAGUUUCUAGAAGAUUUUUCUUUGGCUCAUGUGGCUUCUGUCUCUGAACAGAUUCACACAAGUGCCAUCGUCUUCAUGAGCAUCAAGCUUUUGUUUUACACAUGCUCCAAGCACAGUGUAGGCAUCAGCUGUAUAGACAUUCACUGUUAUUGUUGUUGUUUUAGUGUCAUUGGUGCAAACAUUAUGAAGAAGUUUUUUUUUUGUUUUUUUUUUGUAACACUUACAGAUUAUAAAACAUGUGUAAUGGAUUAUUUGUCUGUUUAAGUGCUUGACCUUAGUCGUCAUCAUACAUGUAAGAAGGGAUACUAUAUUUGAAAAACAGACCUGUAGCUAAAAUUGAACAAGGGAGUGUGAAGACUUCUGAUUGUUUUUGCCUAGUGCUGACUCCUGUUAAUGUUUUUCCAUCAUUAUUGAGCAUUUAUGUAUCCUUUCAUACUGUUGUAACUUAUUAGUGAUGUGAAGCUGAUGCUUAAAGCGGUUUCAGCUCGGGUUUGUCCACUCACUGCCUAGCCUUUUUACUGUCUUUUCCACUGAGCCCUUGUGAGAAAGAACUUCAGGGGAUUUUUGUAGCUUUCUAUAAGGUGUAAUUUGGUUCAGUAAGUCCCAGGGCUUCAAAUUAAAGAAAGUCUCCAAAGAAGGCCAAAACAACCUGUCUUACAGAAGGGAUACAAUAACUAACUCCAGAAAAUCUUCAGAGGCACCCAGCUGAUGGAUCUGUUGGUUUUUUGUGGGGUUUAAACAGGGCCUUGAAGAACUGCUUUACUGUAACAGUCAUGAAAGGAAAUUGUAGCUGGCAACAGCAGCCAUAGGGUGAAAGAACUUUUGUCUUUUAUCCUCUGACUGAUUUUUCUUUAUUAUUAUUUAAUUUAUUUUUUUAUAAUUACCCACCCCAUGCCACAAUGGUGCCACCCCAUGGUGCCACAGAGGAUUAUGGGAAGGCACAGCUGCGCACCUCUUUGCCUGGAUGUGAUUUUCUGUCUUUUUAUGUAUUAAAGGGGUUGUGUGUUAACCCGCUGUGAAAGGUUGCCUUAAUUAGCAGUGACCAGUGCAAUUUUGCCCUUCUUUCUUCUCUGUACUGAAGAACAGCAUUUCAGACACACCCAGUGGUCCUGUACUAUUGUUCAUUUUAAUGUUAAAUCAGUGGGAAUUUUAGGGAUCUGGAUAUUCUUGUCCUUGUCUUUGUUCCAGAUUCUGUAUAUGUAUGUGAUUUUCAGCACCUUAUUAAAAACACAUUUUGAAA